UCUCAUCCCAAUCAGUGCUUCGCUUCAUCUCUUUGAUCAUACAACAACAGUUCGACUCUCCGGACUUACUCGCCUUUCCUACCACACACCACAGACCUACACACAACUACACACACGCUAUCUCUCCCCCUCGCGCUCUCCCCUCCUACUUUCAAAAUGUGCUUCGGAGUCACCUGUCCCACUUGCUCAAAGGCAACCUGGCGCGGCUGCGGCGCACACAUCCCCUCGGCGCUCAGCGGCGUGCCAGAGGACCAGUGGUGCACCUGCACACCCAAGGUCACGGUCAAUGGCAAGGAGUACCCUCCGGCGGGGACGGUGUCGAUUCCUGGGUACUAAGAGACGGGACGAGCUGUGAGGGGAGCCUCGUCUUGACGCGGGGGGGAAGAGGGGGUGACAUCUCCGCCCCCCCUGUAUUAGUAUGAUUCGGACGGGCGUUGAGUUGGUAGAGACUGACAGGCAGGCGGCGUUGGUUUGGGAGAUGUCGGUUGCCCAGGGACGGCGUAGAGGCUCGCGAGUUGAAUUCAGAAUCCA